UUAAUUUCAAAGUUGGCGGGAUAUCCAUUAAAACUUUUUUUCCGGUUGAAAUGAGAUAUAGAUAUAUAAGAAUAUAAUUUAAUUGGAACAACCACUCUAAAUCUAGUUUAAAAGUUUUAAUACAAACAAACUUCAAAUUUUCAAAGAGCAUUUUCGAAAUAUGACUAAAUCAGAUGUCAGAGUUAACCUGCCCUGGGUGGAAAAAUAUAGGCCCAGCACACUCGAUGAUUUGGUCUCACAUGAGGAUAUUAUAAAUACAGUUGGCAAAUUUAUAAGAGAAAAUCAAGUUCCCCAUUUACUUUUUUAUGGCCCACCUGGUACAGGAAAAACAAGCACUAUACUUGCUUGCGCAAAACAAUUGUAUAGUCCAGCGCAAUUUCCAUCAAUGGUACUGGAGUUAAAUGCUUCAGAUGAUAGAGGUAUUGGUAUUGUACGUGGCCAAAUAUUAACAUUUGCAAGUACCAGAACAAUUUUUAAAUCUGGGUUCAAGUUAAUAAUUCUCGAUGAAGCUGAUGCUAUGACCAUUGAUGCCCAAAAUGCCUUGAGAAGAAUUAUAGAAAAGUAUACUGAAAAUAUAAGAUUUUGUAUAAUUUGUAAUUAUCUCAGUAAAAUUAUUCCUGCACUACAGUCUAGAUGUACUAGAUUCCGCUUCGGGCCUCUUUCUCCUGAACAAAUAUUGCCACGUUUGAAUUUUGUUGUGGAUCAAGAAAAUGUUAAAAUCACAGAAGAUGGUAAAAAGGCACUACUCCAGUUGGCUAAUGGAGAUAUGAGAAAAGUUUUGAAUGUUCUACAAAGUACAUGGUUGGCCUAUAAUGAUGUUACAGAAGAUAAUGUUUAUUCUUGUGUGGGUCACCCGUUAAAAAGGGACAUUGAAAAUAUGGUUAAAUGGCUUCUAAAUGAGCCACUAAAAGAUUGUUAUAAAAAAAUUAAUGAAUUGAAAAUUUUAAAGGGUUUGGCUCUUCAAGAUAUUCUCACAGAAGUCCACAAAUAUGUUCAUAGAAUUGAAUUUCCAUUUGAUGUUAUGAUCCCGUUAAUUAAGAAAAUGGCGGAAAUUGAACAUAGAUUAGCAAGUGGCACAAAUGAAAAUAUACAACUCACAGCUCUGAUAUCGGCAUUUCAAGCUGUCAGGGCACUGAGUCCAGCAGAAUCUUGAUUAAUUAAAUCUGAUAUGUAUUAAGAAUAAAUUCUUAUUUUUGUUA